AUGACUGCUUUAGGCAAUACUUUAAGAGAAUUUAAAAAUCUUUAAAAUUUGUCAAUUUGGGAUGAUAUUAUAAUUGGAAAUUAAGGAGCUAUUUCUCUUAUAUAUGCGAUAAGCGAAUGCACAAACCUUUCAAGCUUAACUAUGGUUUUAAAUUUUAAAAAUCAAUUAAAUGAAAAUGAUGCAGUAUUUUCUUAACUUGGAAAGCUAAAGAAUCUGAAAAAUUUAAAGCUUUUCUUAGUGUAUUUUUAUAAUUUAAAAUAACAUUUAAUCAUAAAAAAAUUUUACCAAAUUUCAUAUUUAUAUUUAAAUUUAUACAAAAAUAAAAUAAGAAAAGGUUUUCCUUUAAUACAUAAGUAUUUAGAACAAAUCAAUCUUCUUGAAAAGUUAGAUUUAAUCUUUAGCCAGUAAAAUUAAUUAGAUUUAGAGAAUGAAUCUUUGUUAAAUUUUGGAGACUCACUUGAAAAAUGCUCAAACCUAAAAUAUUUAACAUUAUUUUUUCAAAAUUUUAAUUAUAACAUUGAUUACUAAUCCUUUAAGGUGCUUGCAUAGGAACUAGCUUAAAUUUAACAUUUAAUUGUUUUAAAUAUCACAAUGGAAAAUACAAAAAAGCGAAAAGUAUCUUUAAAAAAAUACUUUAUUAGGAAAAAUAAAAGAUUAAUUAAAUUAUAUAUUGGAAGUAUUUUCUCAUAUUGA